AUGGGUCUGAAGCUGGGGAAGCUAAAGGUGGUGCGGCGGCAGCUGCUGCAGAGGUAUGAGCACCAGCCGUUUGUGUCAUGUCUGGCUGGUCUAUACGGCUGUCAAUGGAGACGCUACCAGAGGGCCAAGUCACAGCCCGGGGAGAGCUGCUGCAGCAGGGUGGAGUGUGGGAGCGUGGUUUUCCUGGUCCUGACCUUCCUCCUCUCCUCUCUGUUCCUCUACUUCUGGAGCCAGGCUCACAACGAUUACAAUGACUUUGACUGGUUUAAAUUUGAGACUCUGGGAUUCUGGUUCCCCUGGUCUCUGGUGCUGCUGGUUGUUGCUGCUGCUCUGUUCACCUACAUCUCUCUGCUGCUGGUACUAGCAGUGUGUUUACUGUCUGAGGGACAGAGGUUGUACCUUCACUGGAGUCACAAGAUGGGGAUCGUGGUGACCAUGGCGUUCUCUGUCAGUGCCACGGCCGUUCUCUCUGAGGUGUGGAGUAAAGAGUGGAAGACCCUUCUCCUCUCCCUGCAGGUCACAGCCCCCUUUCUUCAGGUAGGCGGGGUUUUAUUGAUGACUCUCCUGUCCUGGCCAAUUGCGCUGCACUUUUUUCGUAUGAACAAGAGAGUGCAUCAAGUGUGUCUGUUGGGUGGGUACAUGAGUGCAUUGUUCAGUCUGUACCUGGUUCCUCUGGCCAUGUAUUCUCCCUGCAUCAGAGAAGCUGGAACCCUGGGGCCAAAACCAACACUCCUCGGACACAGAGGAGCUCCCAUGCUUGCCCCAGAGAAUACUCUAAUGUCUUUUGAGAGGGCAGUGGAGGCUGGAGUGGACGGGUUUGAGACUGACGUCACUAUAAGUGCUGAUGGCGUUCCGUUUGUGAUGCAUGACCUCACCCUGCAGAGGACCACUAACGUAGAGGAGGUGUUUCCUAACAGAACACACACACCUGCUGCCCUAUUCACCUGGUCUGAUGUACAGCAGCUCAACGCUGGGGCCUGGUUCCUCUCUUGGGAUCCGUUUGGCACGGUGUUCUCUCUGUCACCAGAGCAGCGAGAGCUAGCUGCCAAUCAGAUGGUUCCCUCCCUGGAGGAAGUUCUGGACGUAGCUAAUCGGACGGGCAGGACAGUGCUGUUUGACCUGAGACAACCUCCUCCUGGACACCCUUACAGAGACAACUACCUCAACAUCACCCUGGACCUCAUACACACACACAUCAACUCCAGCCAGGUGCUGUGGCUGCCAUCAGAUCAGAGAGGGGAGAUACAGCAGGUGGAUCCAGAGCUGCAACAGACAGCCGGACAGACUGCCUCUAUUCAGGAACUACAGGACAACCACAUCACUACCCUCAACCUGCAUUACAGCACCAUGUCUCUGCAACACAUCAGUAAGUACAGGUCGGUGAACAUCAGUGUGAACCUGUAUGUAGUGAACCAGCCGUGGCUCUACUCUCUGGCCUGGUGCAGUGGAGCAUCCUCUGUUACCACCAACAACAUGCUGCUGAGAGAUAUACACACACCUCUGCUCCUUGUGACUCCAGAGCAGUAUAGUGUGAUAUGGGUUCUGACUGACCUGGUCUCUGCUGUUCUUAUCGUCUGUGUCUUCAUAUUCCACUGGUGGCGUGAGCGAGGCCUACACUUCUGGUCAGGCAGUCGACAGACACACGAGACCGGGCCUUAUAGCAAGUUCAGGACUGAUCCUGUGGAGUCAGGGUGGGGUCGAUGGAAUCCCUUCCACUCAGAGUCUCCUACUAGAGCCCUCAUCUCUCUCCCUCUGGACCUCAACCCAUGAACUCAACUCAUGAACCAAUGAACCUCCCAUGAACCAUUCCCAAAACCCAAAUCUUUGGACUUCAACCCACACAUGAACCCUGCACCAACCCCUCACCUGAACUCCAACUACCACACCCCUGACCUCUAACCCUUAACCUUUGCCCAGCAGAGCUCAGCGACGUCUGGUCCAUCUCCAGUGGGAAUGUCCGAACGGAACUACGGACCCCCAGUACCCUCCACACCAUCACAGAGGAGUAACACACAUGCACACAGACACUCACCCAGUCACGCACACACAAAGUGUGACCGCACAAGAACGAGCAUAGGGAAAUGGGAAGGAAAACAAGAGAAGAGGAUGAACUGAAUGUGUAAAAAGAGGAAGAGGGCUGAUGUAAUGUGAAAGAUAAGCCAGUAUUUUGAUAAUCCUGAUUAAGACUGUUGUUCCUUUGUCCUCACUUGACCAGCUCAUUCCCACCCCCUCUGGUGACCACUGGAACUGCAGAACUGAAUUGCUGAAAUAUGAAAUAUACACUGAACAAAAAAUAUAAACGCAACAUGUAAAGUGUUAGUCCCAUAUUUCAUGAGCUGAAAUAAAAAAUCCCUGAAAUGUU